AUGAUUUUGAGUAUUUUGGUGGUUAUAAUCGUGAUAACGUCGGCCUGUUUUAUAACCAACUGUCCUCCGGGAGGCAAAAGGUCUUUGAGUCACGAGACGCCCAAAAAACAGUGCACGCGUUGCGGUCCGUCGGGAAGCGGACGCUGUUUUGGUGCCAACAUAUGCUGCGGCGGAUCCAUUGGCUGUCAUCUUAACAAUAAAUUUACGGCCGUUUGCAGUACUGAGGACUAUAGCCCUCAUCCCUGUUAUAAUGAGGGCAGACAAUGCGCUAACGGCAAA